CCUGUAACCUGUUCUGCUCUGGACGUCAUUGUGAGUGCACUGGUUUGAACUGUGUACCUGGACAAGGUCACUGGUUCGGCCAGCUGAGCUAUGCAGUCUGCUGCUCUGCUGUGGUUCUGCUGCUGAUAGAGGAUACUAAGGACUGCUGAUCUAUUUUUGGGGAUAAGUUCAGAUCUGCUUCCUGGAGGGAAAGACUUCUCGAAGACCCCCUCCUAAUGUAGAGCGUUGGCAGCCACGAGAACUGUACCAGAGGAGGAUAUAUAGGAGAUGCCAGCGAAGAAGAGGAGAGGAAUAUCCUAAAUAUGUUUGUGCACUAACAGUCCAGGAAGAUUGUUGUUUCUGACUUGUUUGGAAUCUGCACACCACCUCAAAAGAUUCUUACUUUUUGGGGGGAAAAUACAACCAAUCUGCAGCGGAUGUGAAAAGUUUUUUUUUCUUCUUCCUCUCAUCCUUCCUCCUGUGCAUCUAAAAAAAGACUCCUGCAGAAGCACCGCAACAAAAUCCUUCACUCCCACCUGUCCCUGUAUACGAGCACUCAGCCACACAUAGCCCUAUAUACGCUGGAUGAUACCAUGCAGGAGCCACACCGGCGCACGACAGACAUGUGAAUCCAACUGUUUCAAGAAAUAUAAAGGCAAGAUUUGCGCGUUCUCGGCGCAGCAUCAGCAUCAGCACCAGCAGCAUCCGAUGCGCGUCCCCGCCCCGGUGGAGGCUGCCCGAGAUCCCGGGAAGAGGAGUUGGAGCUGCGCGAGUUAAAGUUGGGCCAAAAGGGGGGUGAGAGGAUGCUGCGGAACAACCCACGGCCUCAUUAACUGUAGCAUAUGCGGAGAAACGUGUCCAUAAGUCAAGGAUGACUUGCACAAUACUGAGCAUAUGCCUCUUGUUUUUGGGUUUUCAACAUUGCUCCACACGAGAAUGUGUCGAUCCACUGGUCUCCGGGCUCUAUGCCUCCUCAUUUCUGGCCUCCUCCAGAUAUAACUUUCUGUACUCAGCCAAUUUUGCCAAAUUGUAUGGCAGCAGCGGCUGGUCGCCAUCCCCCAGGGACCGGCAGCCAUGGCUGCAGGUUGACCUGGGCAGGAAGUACCGAUUGUUGGCCAUUGCCACCCAAGGGACCUUCAACUCGUACGACUGGGUCACCAAGUACUCACUGCUGUACGGAGACCGACCGGAUUCCUGGACACCGUACAUCAUGAACGGAGGGAACUCUACGAUGCCUGGAAACUGGAAUUAUUAUCAGGUGAAGAGGAAUGUCUUCCAUUACGCAUUCACCGCUAAACACAUCCGUCUGCUGCCUCUGGCGUGGAACACAGAGAACGGAGGGAAGAUCGGCGUGAGGCUGGAGCUGUUUGGCUGCCCAUAUGAUUCCUACGUUCUACAGUACAAUGGGGAUGAAUCGGUGGUCUACUUGUACCCAGGGAAGAGGUCCCACACGUUGCAAGACCACAUCGCCAUCAACUUCAAGACUCUGGAGCAGGACGGUCUCCUGUUGCACAGCGAGGGGAUUCAGGGAGACCUGUUCACCCUGGAGCUGAAGAGAGGCCGUCUCUACCUGCACAUCAGCCUCGGAAGCAGUGUUGUGCACAAAGUGAGUGGUCGAACGACACUGACCGCUGGCAGCCUCCUUGAUAACCUCCACUGGCACUACGUCACCAUCAAGCGCUAUGGCAGACAGGUGAACUUCACAGUGGACAGUCAGACAGUAACAGCCAUCUGUAAUGGAGAGUUUACCCACCUGGAUCUGGAUACAAAGCUGUAUGUAGGUGGUGUAAUAGAGCCAAACCUGCCUCACCUCCCCACCACACCAAAUUUCCGGGGCUGCCUGGAGAACGUCUUCAUUAAUAACAUCAACAUCAUUGACAAGGCCAAGAGAGAAGAAGAGGACAUCCAAAUACCACGAAAGAAAAAGAUGCACUUUGCCUGCCGCGACAUUCUCCUCAAACCGAUGACCUUUGCCGGGCCCAACAACUUCCUGCAGGUGCCGGGCUUCUUCCGGAGGCCUCGCAUGUUCGUCAAGUUCAUGUUCCGCUCCUGGGACUACACAGGGCUGCUCAUGUUCACGCGCUUCGCUGAUGACCUGGGUGCCCUUGAGCUGGGUCUGAGUGAGGGACAGAUCAACGUCACCAUAUUCCAGCCAGGAAAGAAGAAACUCCAGUUUGCUGCAGGAUACCGGCUAAAUGAUGGUUACUGGCAUACAGUGGAUUUGGCCGCCAGGGACAACUUAUUGACCCUGACCAUUGAUGAGGAGGAGGGCUCUCCACUGAAGAUCACCAACCCUUUCACAAUUCGGACUGGGGACCGCUACUUUUUUGGAGGUUGCCCAAAGACCAAUAAUACAAUAAGGAAGUGUGAGACCAAGCUAAACCGCUUCCAUGGCUGCAUGCAGCAUAUCUUCAUCGACAACAUACAGCUGGAUAUUGAUAUGAUUCUGCAAAGACAGUGGGGGCGCUAUGCUGAGCUGCUGUUGGGAACAUGUGGCAUCACUGACAGAUGUACUCCGAAUCCAUGUGAGCAUGAAGGCAGAUGCAUCCAGUCCUGGGAUGAUUUCAUUUGUCUCUGUGAGAACACAGGCUAUAAAGGAGAAGUGUGUCACAUGUCUGUUUAUAAAGAGUCGUGCGAGGCCUACAGGCUCAGCGGCAAGUAUUGGUCUGGAAACUACACCAUCGAUCCUGAUCUCAGUGGACCGCUGAAGCCAUUUGAGGUGUACUGCAAAAUGAAGUCUUAUAAAUCCUGGACGGUGAUCAUGCAUGACCGAGUGGAUGGUACCAAGGUCUCUGGGAGUUCCAUAGAUCGGCCGUACAUAGGAAAUGUCAACUACUGGAAUGCCUCCUGGGACGAAGUGACUGCUCUGGCCAACACCUCCCUGUACUGUGAGCAGUGGAUCGACUACUCCUGCUACAAGUCCCGUCUUCUCAACACCCCCAAUGGAAGACCUUUCGGUUACUGGAUUGGUCGCAACAACGUGAGUCACUAUUACUGGGGUGGGACAUUCAGAGAGGUCCAAAAGUGUGGAUGUGCCAUCAACCAAACGUGCACCGACCCCAAGUUUCAAUGCAACUGUGAUGCUGACUAUAGACAAUGGUACUCAGACAAGGGCUACCUGGACUUUAGGGACCAUCUGCCUGUGAGGAGAGUGGUGGUCGGGGACACAAACAGGACAGGAUCCGAGGCACAGUUCACUGUUGGGCCCCUCCGCUGCCAUGGCGACAGAAACAUCUGGAAUACCAUCUCCUUCACCAAGCCCACCUACAUCACCUUCCCUACGUUCAAGCCUGGAUCCAGCGUUGACAUCUCCUUCCACUUCAAAACCUAUCGUGACCACUGUGUCUUCUUGGAGAACUCCGACGAACACCUUCGAAACUUUAUACGGAUUGAGCUCAACACCACCCAAAACCUUGCAUUCAUAUUCAUGGUUGGUGACGGCAUCCUUAACGUGACCCUAAACUCCCCUAUUGGACUCAAUGACAACGAGUGGCACUUUGUUCAGGCUGAGCUCAAUGUGAAGCUGGCCAGGAUCAAGGUUGAUUAUCAACCAUGGGCUGUGAAACGUUUCCCGGGCCAGACCUUCAUCACCAUGAAGUUUACUCAUCCUCUCUUAGUAGGUUCAGCCAACCGCACCCAGAGACCAUUCCUGGGCUGUCUUCGAGGGUUACGGAUGAACGGUGUUCCUCUGGAUCUAGAGGGCAAAGUAAACGAAGAACAGGGUAUAAGGAGGAACUGUACAGGACAGUGUCUCAAUGCCACCAUACCAUGUCGAAACUGUGGACAGUGUAUUGAGGGUUACGCGUCCUACACUUGUGACUGUAACAACACAGCCUUCGAUGGUUUCUACUGCCAUAGAGACAUCGGAGCCUUCUUUGAGCUCGGCUCGUGGUUGAGGUACGACAUACGAAAGAAGCCUAUAACGGACGAGGCGGCGUGGGCCAACUGGAUCGACCCGCACUACGACAAUUUCAGCCUCGGCUACAACGACACAGCGGAUGACAUCGAGUUCAGCUUCAGCACUGUCCACACGCCAGCUGUCUUGCUCUACAUCAGCUCCUUCGUUCAGGACUACAUUGCUAUCCUCCUAAAGACAGACGGCAGUGUAGAGCUGAGGUAUAGGCUGGGGCUCAUAACACACAAGUACCAGCUGACUAACCGAAACCUGGCAGAUGGAUACCCCCACUACGUUAACAUAACCAGACACAACCGAACCAUCAAAACACAGGUGGAUUACAUAGAGCCCAUAGUUGAAAAGAUAACCUUAGUGGAGGACGCCAGGUUUGACUCUCCAAAGUCCAUGUUCCUCGGCAGAGUGAUGGAGGUCGGUGACAUCGACUAUGAGAUACAGAGGCAUAACGCUCCAGGCCUCAUAGGUUGCAUCUCCGGGGUGAGAUACAACGUCUACGCCCCUUUAAAGGCCUUCUUCCGCCCCAAUGAAACCGACCCUCCAGUGACGACACAAGGCUAUGUCUCUGAGUCCAACUGUGGCGCCUUCCCUCCUGUCCUGGGUUACGUACCGUGGGAGGCAGACCCCUGGUUUACCAGCAUAGAGUAUUUUUAUAUCCACGAUGACCUAGGCCUGUUUUGGAUGACAGUCAUCGUCAUCCUGGCGCUGCUGCUGCUCUUCGCUGGCCUGUACAGCAUCUAUGUGUACACGUAUCAGCAGAAGGGCAGCUACCUCACCAACGAACCCAAGAACCUGGAGUCUCCCAGCAGCUGCAGGCCGCUGACCGAAACCCUGCGGAGAGAGAAGAAGAAGAACCUCCCGGAAAUUGAUGAGGAGUUCAGGAGUGACUAGCAUCGCAGGACCUAUGGGGCAGCGGGUGGGGUUUGACUGGGGGUCGGUCAGAGGGAAAUAGCACCUACAAGAACCACGGAUACCUGUGUUAAUUUUUCUAAUUUUAUUUUCUUGUUUUUUUCUGUGUUCCAUUCCCCGGUUGAUUGGAAUCUGAUGCCUGGUGCUCUAUAUGUAUUUUUGGUCAGUUCUAGUUUUGCUGGGUUCAAAAUUCAAUCAAGCCCGAAACGAAGCAAGCUUGAUCUGAAGUAUCCACAAUAGCUUAUUCCGAUAGGGUUCAGAUCAGACACUGUGGGAAAAGGAUUUUAAGGGACGUUUAUUUACAGUUUCGAACAUCAGUUUGAAGUCAUUCAGGUUUUUAUUGAUCGCUUUCUUUUCCGAGACCGGUCAAAGCCACCGAUAAUCUUGCAGCGCAGAUUUAUCGCUAUCUAUAAUAUACCUUUGGAUGACAAUCUCUCAUUGAGCCAUUUUUGACACCGUUGCUCAUAAUCCGGCUGGGGAACGAGCGCCGGGCACAUCUGAGAGAGCUGGUGCACUGAACCAGCACGUCAAAAAAAAAGAAAGACAAAGAAAAACUAAUCCAAAUCAAAUAAAACAUUGUUAUUGAACAAAAACAACAAACCGAGGAGACAGCAAACCGACAAGCAUGGAGCUUUGAGAUGUUUAGCAUUGAGAUCAUACGUAUAAAGAUUGUAAAAGGUGUAUACGCUUCUAUUUGUUGUAUUGCAGCCUAUAACAGUGCAUUGCCUAUACUGAAUGGCACAUGUGAAGCGGUUUCAGACUUGCCAUAGUGUCAGUAGAUAGCAGCUUAGCCGAUCACAGUAUACUCACCUUCUCAGAUACAGGGCCUCGGAGAUGAGAGUGAAGAUACUGCACCUUCAGAUGUAACGGACUGUUGGUGUACUACAAACAAAAGUCAAUGUGACGAAGCUCACCGGGGGACACAGCGACCGAAACAUCCAAGUCUUCACUCUUUCUGUCUUACUUGCUGCUUUUAUCGCGGGUCAAGCUGCCAGUAGCUCGGUGCUACGGAGCGUUGGACGUCAAAAGAAUCAAGUCUUCUCUCAAACCCUUCUCAGCCUCUUUCCGGUAACAGCUGCUCCCUGUUGCCAGGCGGAGAAGGAUACACCUAAACACACACUUUAAAACAUAUGUACAGAGGACCACACCGAUGUAAAUGCUAGUCUAUCACUUCUUACUCACACUGCUUGAAUAUUUUUGCAAAACGCUGUACGACAGUGGCCGGCUGCUUGUUUUAGCUGCUUUCAGUGGAAAGUUCAAAACUCUUCUUAUCGUCCAAAUCAAAUUUUCUUCUCUGCUAGGAUGAAUUUUCGUUUGACGUGUGGUGCAACAGAAGCUUAGGGCUAUCAUCACUCACUGCAGCUCGACUUAUUUGCGAAUGCACUAUUGUGUAUGUGAAAAAAAAAAAAAAAAGGAAUACAUUUGCAACAUAUCAGCUAUGUAUACGUAGAGCAAUGAUGUUAACGUCUCUUGCUUGUUUUGCAGAUGCACAAUAGCACAUAGGAUGUUACUAUAGUGUAUAUGUGAAUCUAUGAAUAUAAUUGUGUCAAGCGACUUUUUUUAUUGCUACGGUUUAUACCAAACAAGGUAAAUUCAGACGAAGGGAGGUAUUUGAAUGUAAAUCCUUUGACUCUGUAAUGUACGAGCAGACAGUGAGGCUGCUUUAGCACCGAAAGUAAAGCUCAGGAUAAAGAAAGUACAGUACUUGUUCUCUGCAGGAACUAACACUCCUCAAAAACACUCGGUUGGUUUUAUUCUGUUGCAGACAAGCGGGGCUGUGCUAAAUAAAAAAAAAAAAAAGAAUUGUACAGCAAGAGGAUGUACAGCAGAUAAUGUAUGAAAAAUGUACACAUAGAUUUGGAAUUCCCAGGCUAUAUUUUUGGAGAAUGUGCUGUGAGAAAGACGAAUGGCAACGAGGAGUGAGCAGAUAGAGUGAAAAUGUUUUGUCUUCUGAUCGAUGCAAAGAAACGUUUGUGGGUUGUUUUGUUUUGUUAUAUGGACAAUCGCCGGUCAAUGGUUCAUACCCGGUGCAAACCAAACCAACGAACGUGGCUCAAACACGCUUUGUCGCCUAUUAGGUAAGAGCCAACUCAUGUAUUCUGUAAAUGUAUACACCUCACUGUAUUCACUGGUAAACGGCGUAUAAACAUUCAGCUUAUAUCGGUGUUACUUCAUUGCAACUCACUUGGUCAUUCAUGCGUGGUCCCUGGAGCGUGUGUGUGUGUGUGUGUGUGUGACUGACUGAGUGUGUAGGUGUUUGUGCAUUGUGUCCACCAAGAUACACCUAACUGAAGUCACAGUGACUCGUCCAACAACAACAACAAAUGUGCACUGAUGCCAACCAACCACUUACUGUAGUGCACCAACAGUAGUAGAUGUAGCUCAGCGUGGCUCCUCCGUGUUCAGGUAUCGGACGUCUGUUGUGUGAGAUUUCAAACACAGUGGAUCUCUGCUGAGGUGUGCAAGGCCUGCUUCCUCAUAAUGGAGGCAAGGGUGUGGGUGAAAGUGGGGAUAAAAUGGCCAGUAGAGGGAGCACACCAGCAGGAAGUUGUUGGCUCAAACAGGGUAUCUGCAGAACCCUUAAAAUAAUAUAAAUAUCUAUUGAGUACUGUCUUAUGCUUCAUUGAGUUUCAAAUUAGACAAAGAUUAGCAUCAGGAAAUAACAAUAAAAAAUUAUAUACUAUAUUCAAAGUGGCAUAAAGUUAAAUUAGGCUUAGUAAAAAAUAAUGAUUUGCAUGUCACUUUUAAUGCUAUAAAAUUCUAGUACCUAUAAUUAAGUACCUUAUUGACACUAAUAAAUCAGCAGAUACCGGUUCACAGUGACAUCAUGUGUGAGUGAGGAGAGAAGGCAGGUUCGCUUCCUCUGCACCAUCAAACUGAAUCCUUCUGCAGCCAGUACCAGAAACAAUGACUACAGUUGUGUUUGUGACCACACGGACAUUUAGGAGUUUUUCUGUUCUGCAGUGCGCUCGAUUUUAGUUUUGUAAAAACUCUCACUGUAAAUGACCAUUACUGUGUAAAUCAAGGCAAAGCCAAACUGUCACCUAAAUAAAAGAAGCUUGAAGGAAA